GGGUGGCGCUGCAUCUGUGAGAUUUUGUGUGUUCGGGUUCAAAGGUUGUUUCACUAUCCUCGUGUUUUCAUCGCUGUUGUGGACCUGUAAACUUCCUCUACAGGAAAUCGAAUAAUCAAAUCAUGUCAUACACUUGCAUAAGCUGCCGUGUGCAGUUUUCUGAUGGGGAGGUCCAGCGGGCGCAUUAUAAAACCGACUGGCAUCGCUACAAUCUGAAGAGGAAGGUUGCUGACAUGCCUCCGGUCACUGCAGAAAACUUUCAGGAGCGAGUGCUGGCGCAGCGGGCAGCGGCCGAGCAACAGAGUCAGGGUGGGGGACAUGACGUGGCCUACUGCGCCACCUGCAACAAAAAGUUCUCCACCGACAAUGCCUACACAAACCACAUCCAGUCCAACAAGCACCAGCAGGCGGAGAAGAAAGCCCUGGCCACCGCCCAGGAGACUGUGCAGCGAAUGAACGAGAAGAAUCUGGAGAAAGGGGCGGGACUAGAUAAAGAUGCACAGAAUGAGGCGAUUCAAAAAGCAGUUAAAGAGCAGCAAAGACACACCCCUUCCAAAGCCACACCCACAGAAAAGCAGGUCAGAGAGCGGCCAGACAAACCACCUCGGCUGCAGUGGUUUGAGCAACAGGCCAAGAAGAUCGCAAAAGAGGAGGGUGAAGAAGAAGAAGAGGAGGAGGAGGAUUGGGAAGAUGUUGAUGAGGAUGAGGAAAUGGAUGAUGACGAUGAAGAGGAAGAGGAGAUGGAGCAGGACUCUACAUCUGGGGCAGCUCUUGCCCCCGGUUCAAUCACAGUGACAGACUGUCUGUUCUGCGGACAUCAUUCACACUCACUCAGUCGAAACGUAACACACAUGACCAAAACACACAGCUUCUUCAUCCCAGACAUUGAGUAUCUGGUGGACCUGAGAGGACUGAUGUCAUACCUGGGAGAAAAAGUCGGCGUUGGUAAGGUGUGCUUAUGGUGCAAUGAAAAAGGGAAGUCAUUCUACUCUACAGAAGCGGUUCAAGCACACAUGACCGACAAGAGUCACUGCAAACUCUUCACAGAUGGAGACGCUGCACUUGAGUUUGCCGAUUUCUAUGAUUUCAGGAGCAGUUAUCCUGAUGCUAAAGAUGGAGUUGAUGUGGAGAUGAAGGAUGGUGAACUGCCUGAUGACAAGACUGUAGAGUUUGACGAUGAGACGCUGGAGCUCACUUUGCCCUCUGGGGCUAAAAUUGGCCAUCGUUCUCUAAUGAGAUACUACAAGCAGAGGUUUGGUGUUCAGAGGGCAUUGGUUCCAGCACAUAACCAGAAGGCUGUUGGUCGAGUCCUCAAACAGUACAAAGCCCUCGGGUGGACAGGAGACUUCGGUAAGGGUUUCGUGAGCCAGCAGCAGAAGGACAUGCAGUAUGUACAGAGGAUGAAGUCCAAGUGGAUGCUGAGGACGGGCAUGGGCAAUAAUGCCACCAAACAGACCCAUUUCAGAGCUCAAGUCAUGUUCUAGUCAAUUCUUCAUCAUCAGUAAACACCAACUACUCUGACAUAAAAUCAGCACAAGAGACUGAAAUAAGAAUCAUAUAUGUGUGUUGAUUCAGCUGAGAACUGAGGGACCGUUCGUUUAAAAAUCUAAAUUCAGUCAUCAUUUAGUCACUCUUUACUUAUUUUGAAUGUUUCUGAGUUUCUUUCUUCGGCUUAACAAAAAAAGAAUAUGUUUUGAAGAAAGCUGGAAACCUGUAACCAUUGACUUCCAUAGUAUUUAUAGAAAUCAAUGGUUACGGGUUUUCAGGUUUCUUCAAAAUAUUUUCUUUUGGUAUUUAAAGAAAGAAACUCAGAAAUGUUUGGAACCACUUAAAGGUGAUUACAUUUUAAUUUGAACCCUUUAGGAGUUACUUGCAAAUAAAACUGAUGUCCAGAUUGUAAGUUGAAUCAUUAAUGAUUGAGUAAAUCUGAUAAAACAUUGUUUUUCUGGUACCUGGGGAUCUGAAUCGUGUGCUGAUCCACUAUGAACAUAAUAUUGCUACUUUAGGUUUUGUAAUCAUUCAGAAUGACCUUUACUACCAAUUAUAGUUUAAUUACGGCUUGUAAAAGGCAUAAAUAUCAUAUAACACCUUUUUCUGAAUUGUAACAGUACAUUGUCAAUAAAAUAAGCAGUCAAUCA